UCUCCAUCCGUCGCUCAACUUUCUCAAGAUUCCCUUCAACGGUUCUCGGCGGACUACACCACGCUGGCGACUCACGCUGUUUUUGGACGACCGUCAACCACCCCGUCCGACAAUCUUUUUCACUAAUUAACAGUACAGUUUAUGCGACUUUGAACGUGUGAUCCUGGAAAAGUGCCUUUUAUCGAGUAAUUCGUUUUUAUCUAUUGAACAAGUGAGUGAAGUUUGCGAGUUGUUUAUUCUUUUUGAACAUACAGAUCUACGAUGUCUACUGUUGUGAUGUCCAGCUCAACGCUAUAUGAUUUUGGGGAUAUGUUAUACAAGGGUCACCCAGAAGGCCCCAACAACAAGAACAGCAAUAGCAACAACGCCAACAACAACAAUAACAACGUGACCAACAACAACCACACGAACAACAACAACCACCAGCACCACCACAGCUCUAGCGGGGGCGGGGGCCAGCACUCGCAGCGCGGCUCGCCCUCUUCGCCGGGCGCGAUGGGCGUGGCGGCGGCCACCAACCUCAACUCUGCGGCGGCGCUGCAGCAGAAGGAAUAUGUGCAAUGUGAGAGGCUGUUACAUUUGCAAUGCAUUAAGGAUUUUCCAUAUUUCCAAGCCAGUUGCCUCGACCUUUGGCAAAAUUAUGUUAAUUUUUAUACGUACAAGAUAUGA